AUGCAGACAAAAUUAAUUCUUAUUGCUGGUAUUCUCGCCGUCCUGUUUCUUUUCAAUAUCAACACUGUUGAAUCAAACUUAUUUUCAAACAGUGAUGAACAUAUGGAUGGUUUCAGUUCAGAAGAUUCAUCUGAAUUCGAUAAACGUCUUGCUUCGGCUAAAUUUGCCAGUGGUCUUGGUAAACGUUUAGCAUCAGCCAAAUUUGCAAGUGGCCUUGGCAAACGUUUAGCAUCAGCUAAAUUUGCUUCUGGUUUGGGUAAACGUCUUGCAUCAGCUAAAUUUGCAUCAGGAUUGGGCAAAUAA